UCCAUACUAAAAAAAACACAUGAUACGUUUCGCCGAGCCGUUUGUGUAAAUUGGUUUCAAUUCUUUUUUUUUUCUUUCUUUUUUCGGGGCAACUGAACAGUUUCUUUCUUUCAACGACAUAUCAUAAUCUGUAUCGUUACCAUUCCCAGACAAUUUGAAUCGGCAGUAUCGAAUUUCGGGAAUUUGUUGUCUAGUUGCCACAUGAAAUUCAGCUGUCAAACGUUUCUUCACUAGGAAUAUAUGUUAAGAAAUUGGUCCACAUCAGCAAACAAUCAAAUAUUGUAGUACUAAAACAAAGAAAUCCAGUGAUACAAGUUGCCAAGAAUUAUGACAUCAGAGAUUUUACUAAAAAAAAAAAACACUUGUGUCUAUGACAAUGGUGGGAUAGAAAAAAGACUUUAAUAUUAUCAUAGUGGAUGGAUCAGAUUACGACUUUUUGGGUUAGGCAAAAGCAGACUACUCUGCUAUAUAUCAACCCGGAGUUGAGAAAGGUCAGCAGCAAUCAUAAUCGAUACAGAGAAAAGUUUGACAAUCAACCUUUGAUUAAAAAAAAAAUGGGCGAAACCCACGAGGAAACAAAUCCUAGGAAGGUGGAAGAAGAAGAAGCAAACGGGCACAAGGAGGAAGUCGUGGGAUCAGACGAUGAAGAGUUCAGUAAAGAUGGCAAGAAGAUAUCAUCCCAUCAUCAUCAUUUUGUGCUGGUUCACGGAAUUAGUCACGGAGCAUGGUGCUGGUACAAAAUCAGAACCUUAAUGGAAAAUUCCGGCUACAAGGUCACCUGUAUCGACCUCAAAGGCGCCGGAAUCGAUCGGACUGAUCCCGAUACCAUUUUCUCAUUUCAAGACUACAACCAGCCUCUCUUGGAUUUCCUAUCAGAUUUACCUGAUGGUGAACAGGUAAUAUUGGUCGGACACAGUGCAGGGGGGCUGAAUGUAACUGAUGCAACGUACAAGUACCCCCAGAAAAUCAGGCUGGUGGUGUAUGUUGCGGCCACCAUGUUGAAAAGGGGGCUGUUUGAUCAGCAAGACGUCAAAGACUACAAGCCAAAGACUGGAGAAGAGAAUCAUGAUGGGGGUGGGCGUCAGGGUGAUGGCACUAAAAUUGGAGGACGUGUGGAAUUGCAUGCCAACUGUCUUUCAUGUGUUAUCCACCUCAUUUAUUUUAGGCCUUUCUGUUUGUCCUCUAUGCUUCCAACAUGACGCUUUAGGGUGUGUGUUUUACAGUUUAUCUUAGUCUAAUUAAUUUUAAGUUUAACCGAGUGGUCUAUUCAAGUAUACAGGAAAUAAAUAGUAACGUAUGCACUAGUCAUAAAACGUGUUCAAUGUGAUUAAUGUUACUAGUAUGUAAUCAACAAAAUGUUUUUGGAACAGGGUGCACCCGAUUUCUCAGAUAUCGGCGAAUUAGGUGAUGUAUACGAUAUCGGAUUCGGAUUAGGGAUCCAUGAGCCUCCAACAAGUAUGGUUCUCAAGAAACAUCUGCUUCGCAGGCUCAAUUAUCAGCUGUGCCCUCAUGAGGUACUCCCAAAAUCAAAAUUGUAUCAUUUCAUUAUAGUAGAAGUAAUAAUACGUAAAUUUGGCCAAUUGAUUUCGGAAAAUUAAGGCUGGAAAUCACUUGUUCUUAGGAUUCUACAUUGGCAGAAAUGCUGGUUCGACCCGGACCCAUUCGAGCUAUAACUUCUGCAAUAUUCAAAGAAGGGGAAGGUGUGUUGGAAGAUGCAGUAGAAAAAGUAGCUCGGAUUUGCAUCAAAACCAUGCAGGAUCGGGUGGUCAAACCGGAGCAACAAGAUAUAAUGAUCAAGAGAUGGCCGCCCCUGGAUGUCUACCAACUGGACUGCGAUCACAGCCCAUUCUUCUCCGCCCCUUUCCUUCUCUUCGGUUUGCUUGUCAAGGCCGUUUCUUCCCUAUGAUCAAAGCUCAUAUUCAUUUUGGGCCUCAUGGCGCCAAGUCCAAUCUCAACAAAGUUGGAUGCCGAGUGCUGCAGCAACAGCAGUAGUGUGUUUUUGUAAAGUCAGUUCAAAAUGUCAAAUUUGAUUCAUUUGAGUUUUGUAAUUCUUCUUUCUGAAAAAAACAAAACUAUGGAUUAUUUUUUGUAAUUAUAAUUAAUCGAUGGGGACUGCGACCGUGAUUCAGAUGUGCAAGUGUAAACAGUACUAUCUUUGUUAAGUGAAUAAACAAUCCCACCCCUAAUUUCAACUCUAUUUACUCACUGUAAUCUUGAUCACGAGAAAUUGUAACCGUAUUUGGAUUCUUGGCUAUCAGUUCAACUAUGCAAUUUGUCAGAUCACCAAUUU